UCAAAAUUUUGAAGAGAGGAUACCUUGCACCAAGCACUUGCCGAGAAGUCGCAGGCGAUAUAAGCGUUUCAUUGAAGUCUGAAGGCCUUUAUGAAAAAAAAGAAGGACAAUAGAGAAGUGUUAUUUAUAAUUUAAUGGUUGUUUUCGUGCAAAGGAACCAAAAAUCGCUGCCAUGAAGCGCUCUGACUCGCCAAUAAUAUCGGCUGAAGAAUUGUCAAACCAACUGAGUGGCAGUCUACCAGCAUACAUCAGUCCUGAAGAUGUAAACAAAUACCCUCAGGUGACUCACCUCUUGGAGGACUUAACACACCGACUUACGCCAACGGGUAUGAGUAAGAACACAUACUCUCAUCUUGCUCAAGCAACACAUAGUAUGAAACAAGCCAGGCAGAAGUGUUUGGAAGUUUCAACAUUGCACCGCCUCAUUCAGGAUGUACUUUAUCAAGCUGAGGAAGGAAAAGAAAAAGGGCAGAGCAUGAAAGAAAUGCAAGAAGCUCUUACUUUAUCAGAGCUACAAGAUCACAUUCUUCUUGUUAGCCCAGAAAAUGCAUAUGAUGAACAGGAACCACAGCAUACUUUUGGUAUCACUCAAGAUUUGGUUCUUGCACGUGUAGCAACAACUGUGUCAAAAAAACACAUCAGAGAACUUGCUAAUGCACUAGAGUUGCAACUUGAACAGGAAUGGGUUAGAAUAGCAGUAUUCCAUGACCCUAUUGGUUUUCUGAGCUAUAAUCCAGAUGAAGUAGCAAAGAUCCCAGAAGAGCUAGAGAACACGCACAGGAAGAUGGUCAGUGACAGGAAUAAGCUUAUGCACAGCAUCACUCAAACAGAUUUUCUGUUUCAGCAGGUGCAUGGUCUCCUACUUGAGUAUGGGAGUAUUUUGAAGAGCCUCAUGUCCAAGCAGAGAUUAUCCCACUACCCAGCCCAGCAUGUUGAGAGUCUUAACAUUAUCUUGGGUGCACAGAUAUUGAAGCUGAAAUGUAUUGAACUGGAGAUUUUAGUGGAUACAUACACAAGUCAGUCAAUUCCUGCACUGAAGACAAUUCACUCACAUGUAAAAGAGAGAACAGCAGAUGCUGAGCGUAGUCUUGCUAGACUCAGACAUGAGCUGAGUGGUUACAGUGGACUUGAUCCAAAAUUCCAGGCUUUGCUGAAGGAGUAUGCCAAGCUGCAGCAAGACAUACAGUUCUGCAAGAUGUCGGAAUAAUUUGGUUUGAAACUAUGAAUGGAAAGACUUAUGGUCCUUUUGCAGCAAGAAUAAAUUUUGAAUUAGAUAAUACAAAUUAUACUGUUUGAAUUUAUGCUAUUUGUGGACUAGUGAUUUACAAUAAUUGUUACUAAUUUUAAAGGCUGCUAAAGAUAAAGUAGAUUUUUUUGUACAUACAAAUACACAUAGCACUAAGAAAUAUUAAUUUGAGUAGAUAUUCUAUUUUGUAUUAAUUAAUGAAUAUAAAAAAUUGAUAAUCUCAAAGCUUUUUAAUAGUAACAGUGUUACAUACACACACAUAAACGCACACAUACACAAACACACACAUACACAAGCACACACAUACACAAACACACAUA